AUGGCAACUGCAAAUGGCAGACGAGCAGGUGAGAUCAAAGCGCAGCUGCCCUUUUUCUCCCUCGAAAUGGUCGGCCUCAUGUCUGUUGCUAUUGUCGUCGCUGCGGUCGCUUGCGCUGUCGUGGCCGCCACGCCUAACGACAACGUCUGCUUCACGGCGCCGGCUGUAACUACAACCGUGAUCGUCAACGAGUGCGGCCAGUCAACGACGCCAGCUGCUUCUCCUUCCGAGUCUGAGGCUCGUAGCACGGCUCCUCUGCCAGUUGAGACGUCAUGGCUGCCCUCGAGUCCUGCUCCGCCUGCGCCAGCUCCCCCCGCCUCUGCUGAGCCAGCUCCCGGUCCUUCGGGAUCGUUCCCUCCAGCUCCCCCUGCAUCUUCUGGCGGUUCGUCUGGCAGUGAGCCCUCGAAGCCAGGGCCUACCCCGACUGCGACCAACAAGCCGACCCCUUCCCCGUCGUAUCCCGGAAGCACACCUUCGUCUUCAAGCGAGCCUGAGCAACCUCCCUCCAAUGCCGCUCCUCUCUCGGGCGUAUCUCUCGGCAUGGGCUCCGUUGUGGCUGUUGGCAUGGCAAUCAAUGCAGCCGUCGCUGCUCUCGUCUAA